CUUCACUCCUUCAUCGACGGGAACGUCAAGUUCGGAGGGAGCAUCCCAACCGAGGAAAAGGGGGAGCCGCGGGAGAGCUCAUCUGUGCAAACGGGGUGGGGAGAGCAAAGAAGAGAAAAGGGAGAGCAAAUAACCCACGUGAAGGACAGGAAUGAAUUGGGAUUCCCACCUGCCAGGUUUUCACAUAACAGGUUAUAGCUGCUUCUUGUUAAACUAAGGGGGAACCCUGGCAAGAUGGCUUCCAAUCCUCCUGGACAAGGCUUUCAGAAUAAGAACAGGGUUGCGAUCUUGGCUGAGCUUGACAAAGAGAAGAGGAAGCUACUGAUGCAAAACCAGUCUUCCACGAAUCACCCCGGAGCCAGAGUUCUGCAGCCACUCUUCCAAACAUAUGAACUCCCCAUCCUGAAGACUAUGGACCCCUGCAUCUCUCUAGCUAGAUCCUCCCUUAACAAGGAUUUCCGCGAUCACGCUGAGCAGCAGCACAUAGCGGCACAGCAAAAGGCCGCUCUGCAGCAUGCUCAUGCACAUUCUUCAGGAUACUUUAUAACCCAAGACUCUGCCUUUGGAAACCUUAUUCUCCCUGUGUUGCCACGACUUGAGUCAGAGUGAGACAGAGAGUCCGUAGAAUGAAGAUCAUCCACUGCCGCAGGUGUUGUUUCUCCAAACUUUCAGUCGAUGGUUUGUGAAAAUAAGAGAGGACUCAAAACUGAUUUCUUUUUUUAAUUCAUUAU